CACCGCGACAAAAGAACUUACAUAUAAGAGCGACAGAAGAACUGCGUGAACAAUCGCAAGCUCGCUACGGGACAAAUCCCGAUCACUGGAAAUGGAACAAAUCUCCACAGCCGCAACCUUGGGCGGUGUUGUGGAGCUCGAGCUUGGAUGGCGCCUGGCGGCAGCAACGCUGCUGGCGGUGCUCGGGGCGUCGCUGGGGAGCGUCGGCGGCGUUGGCGGCGGGGGCAUCUUCGUGCCGACGCUCAUGCUCGUCUGUGGAUUCGAUGCAAAGACCGCGCCGGCGCUCUCCAAAUGUAUGAUCUUUGCACAAUGUGCUUCCACUGUAGCUUACAAUCUCAGGCUGAGAUCGUCGCAAACAAACUCGUCGCUCAUCGACUAUAACUUGGCUCUCCUGUUCCAGCCAAUGCUUCUCUUGGGGAUUAGCGUCGGUGUGACUUUCAAUGUGCUCUUUCCGAAUUGGCUCAUCACGCUGCUCUUGAUCGUCGUCUCUCUCGCUAUGGCGUCCAGAGCUUUUUCCAAAGGCCUCGAGACCUGGAAGAAGGAGACAAACGAGAAGAGAUUGAUUUUGGAAGGAUCUCUAACACCCGGGCCAGCGAAUUUCACCACCUUGGAUUCUUUGUGGACUACUGUGGAGUGGAAAAAACUGUCUCUUCUCUUCGCGGUUUGGUGCUUGAUCACAGGAUUACAAGUCUUAAAGGCAUACACCGCAAAUUGCAGCACAGCCUUCUGGAUCUAUAACAUCUUACAAGCUCCCGUGACGCUUGCGGUGACUGUCACUCAGGCAUUGAGAAUGCGUGAACACAGCUCCUACAAGCUACGAGAAAGUUUGCUCGACGAGUCAAGCGAGAGUUCUUCCGCCUCUCUAAAAGCCGCGGGCCGAGCUCUGGACGUCUUUCGCUACGUGUUUUUUGGCGUCCUGGCCGGAUCGAUCGCCGGCUUGCUUGGAGUCGGAGGUGGCGCGACGCUAGGCCCGAUCAUGCUCGAGUUUGGAGUUCCUCCACAGACAGCAUCAGCCACGGCGACUUUGGCCAUGCUGUUCUCGUCAUCGCUGUCCGUGGUGGAGUUCUAUUUCCUCGGCCGUAUCAAAGUGUCAUAUGCUCUCUACUUUGGAGCGAUUUGCAUCGUCUCCGCGUUUUUAAGCCAGAAGCUUGUCCAAAAGCUACUCAACCUCCUGGGAAGAACUUCAGUCAUCACAUUCACUCUCGUGUUCGUCAUCGUCGUGAGCGUCAUAUCUCUUGGCGGUGUGGGAAUAGUGGAUUCCAUCCAAGAGCUCAAGCGCGGUAAGUAUAUGGGGUUUGGAAGUCUGUGCGCAUGAAAUUCUAUUGCGCUAUAAUCAAGUUCUUGGCGAAAGCUCUUCUUUGCGCCUCAAAGAGAGCAGAGAACUCUAUCGAAAUCCUCAUUCUUCGAGAAAGUUUCAUUAACUUUGUUACGAGAA